AUGUAUAGCGUCGAUCAGAAACAGGCUAUUGCUUACGUAUCGAAAGUCGAUCGAUGUACUAGAGAAAAAGAGGAAUUCAAUGUUUCGACGGUUUUCAUUAUCGUUCCCUUAGUGCUACUAACAAUAAGAACAUUUUCCACCCCGCUUGCUUCCAUAUUCGUCCACUGCAUAUUAGGAUAUGUUUUCUAUACAAGUCGUCAUCCUUAUCGCUCUACUCUUCCCAGCUGUGAUGGUUUUGUAAUGCAAUCAUCACUGGGAAGGAGUAGCGGCAGCGGAAGCAUGCACUCAAAACUCUUUCUGGGGAAUCACUUGGCGCUGAAUACAGGUCACGCUGCUUUCGAUGGCAGCUCAAUUCAGACAGCCAUUACAAUUUUGGUCCCUUCCCGUUGUGACAGCAGCAUGGUAUUCAGCAUGGCCCCUGACUGGUGGUACGCAAGAUAUCCCUAUAGCUUUGCCUUCUUCGCUUCUAGCUCUGAUUAUCAUAAUCACUUCUUCUUCUUCUUUGCCAACUCAUAUCUACUGCUCGAUUAA